AUGCUUGCUGAGAUCAUACGCCUUCAGGAACGGGUCCAACAGAUAGAAGAAGAACGGCAGGAACAAGCCACAACUACUACCACAAUUAAAAAGGACUUAGGAGAAAUCCUUAAACCCAGGGCACCAGGACCAUACAACGGAUCCCCAGGUGCGCUUCAAGAAUUCCUCACUCAACUCAGGGCUUACCACCAACAAUUCCCAAACAAAAUGGAAGAAUCCUCUGUCAAGGUACUACACACAGGAGGAUGUAUAACGGGAGUAGCACUCGCAUGGUUUGAACCCAUUAUAAGGGACUACCUUAAUAAAGAAAAAGACAACCGCAAAGAAGAAACCAACACCAUUUUCGAAAGUUACGAUGAGUUCAAAAAAGCCAUCAAGAAAGCCUUUGGAACAGUUGAUGAAGCUAGAGCUGCUGAGUACUACAUCAACGGGCUCAAGCAGAAGGGAUCGGCAUCCGAUUAUACCGCUCGCUUCCGACAACUCGCAUCUCAGCUUAACUGGGAGGACGAACCUCUUAUGUCAGCUUUCUAUAAAGAACUUAAGGAAGAAGUCAAAGAUAAACUCUACAAAGAGAACAGACCAGACAACUUAUCGGAUUACAUCGCUAUGGCGGUACGAAUCGAUAACAAACAGUAUCAGCAACGCAUACAGAAGAAACAGGGUAAAGGAACCUAG